CCACCCCCGCGGGGCGCUGAUCCCCGCGCCGCGCCCGCGCGCACACGCCCCCCGCUGCUGCUGCUGCUGCCGAGCACCCUCCACACCUCGCCCCCCGCGCCCUCUCCCCACCAUGACCGGCUCCGCGGCCGACACUCUCCGCUGCCCCCACCCCAAAGGCUCCAAAGGCACCCGGUCCCGGAGCAGCCACGCACGGCCCGUGAGCCUCGCCACCAGCGGGGGUUCGGAGGAGGAGGACAAAGACGGUGGGGUGAUGUUUCACGUUAACAAGAGCGGCUUCCCGAUCGACAGCCACACCUGGGAGCGCAUGUGGAUGCACGUGGCCAAGGUGCACCCCAAGGGGGGAGAAAUGGUGGGCGCUAUCAGGAACGCCGCCUUCUUGGCAAAGCCUUCAAUACCCCAGGUCCCAAACUACAGGCUGUCGAUGACGAUUCCAGACUGGCUGCAGGCAAUCCAGAAUUACAUGAAGACACUACAAUAUAAUCACACAGGGACCCAGUUCUUUGAAAUUAGGAAAAUGAGACCUCUGAGUGGGUUAAUGGAAACAGCAAAAGAAAUGACUCGAGAGUCCUUACCUAUCAAAUGCCUUGAAGCUGUCAUCCUGGGCAUAUACUUAACCAAUGGACAGCCUUCCAUCGAGCGAUUCCCCAUCAGCUUUAAAACCUACUUCUCAGGAAACUACUUUCACCAUGUUGUGCUGGGGAUUUAUUGCAAUGGCCGCUAUGGCUCACUGGGCAUGAGCAGAAGGGCUGAGCUGAUGGACAAGCCAUUGACCUUUCGGACUCUGAGUGACCUUAUCUUUGACUUUGAAGACUCUUACAAGAAAUACCUGCACACAGUCAAGAAGGUCAAGAUUGGGCUGUAUGUCCCCCAUGAGCCUCAUAGCUUCCAACCCAUUGAGUGGAAGCAGCUGGUCCUCAAUGUCUCCAAGAUGUUGAGGGCUGACAUAAGGAAGGAGCUGGAGAAGUACGCCAGGGACAUGAGAAUGAAGAUCUUGAAGCCUGCAAGUGCCCGCUCUCCAACCCAAGUGAGAACCCGGGGAAAAUCCCUGUCCCCCCGAAGGAGACAAGCAAGCCCCCCAAGAAGGCUUGGCAGGCGAGAUAAGUCGCCUGCUCUGCCUGAAAAGAAGGUGGCUGAUCUCAGCACUCUGAAUGAAGUGGGCUAUCAAAUCCGAAUCUAGCCAAGCCAUUCCGGGCAGCAAGAGGGUUUCUGUGGUGCUUCUCUCUGCACUUUACCCAGCAUCUUCAGGAGGAACUGCAACUAUUAUUUAUUAAGAACUUGAAAAUUUUAUUUUUAAGGAUUCACCUGGAAACAGAAUCUGAGUGGGUGGGGAUAAUUAGCUUUAAAAACUCUGACCAUGAAAAGGCUAAAGUAAUAAACCCCACUGGGGCUGGACUGUCUCCCUCACUAAAGAUCUCAAGGAUAACAAACAUU